GAUGACGAAGAUUUUGAGCCCCAAGAGUUUGGCGUUAAACAAUCAGACAAAUGGGAAGGAGAAGACGAAGAUGACAAGGAUGUGAAGGUAAUAAUAACUUCUUUUAGCAUCGGCGAUAAAAAAUUUUUGUCAUUCAUUUAUUCAGCUUUACACCAGUACAGGAAAGACUUGAUUACAUGUUUGAUUCUUAGGAUAACUGGGACGACGAUGAAGAGGAAGACACAGAACAGAAAGCAGAUUCAACACAAACGGAAUCCGGUAAGGAAGGACUUGGUAUUUAGUAAUUACUAAAAUUACUUGUAAUCAGCAAAAUUAAUAAUCUAGAAAAAAGAAGUGUACGGCUUUUGUCGCCCAGCGCAACACACGUGGUCCAAAAAUAAUUUUUCCUAGGCAAAAAUAUAUACAUGAUGGGACCAUUGCGGUGAGACUAUGUAUGUGAAUCAUGUCUAUAAAACACAGUUAACUAAAUUAUACAAGGUAAGUCUAUUUUUUAAAAAAGUUUCAAGUCAAAUUGCAAGUUUAUUUCUGUAUAUUUAAAAGAAAAUUUACAAAACUGCUCUACCCGCAAUUAGCAGGGCUAAUGUAGGCGGGUAGGGCAAAACAAGGGUGCAUUACUUCCAUUGGAAUGAUGCAGAUUAGGAUCAAUGAUCUGAGAUCACUCAGAUAAAUUAUAGCAAACCAAAGAAACCAACAAAUUCACCUUGGGAAAAGAAUCGUUGGUUCAUUUGAUGUACCAUGAUCUGAGUGAACUUUGAUCACUCAUCCUGAUCAGGAUCAUCCCAAAGGAAUUCAUCUGUAGUUCCUCGUGAAUUGGGACCAGAGGAUUCUGUUUGUGAAGACGCCAGAGUUAAGAGAUCUGAUUUUAACACUAGGCCCAUAGCAAGGCCAAAAUAACUUGGGGGAAGCAAGUUAACCCAACCAAAGCAACCCUGCCCCCAAUAAAAAAUUUCCAUUAGCUAAUACAAGUAGGUCAUAAGGGGUGCCAAGAUUUAUGUUAAGUAGAUACUUAUAGUGUUGAAUUCGUGAGAAUUUUCAUUGAUAUGCUACACCUCUAUGGUAUACCAGGGGGAUACUAAGAUAUGGGUGAAGAUAAUUUCUAUGCAUGUGAAGAAGUGCUUCAGAUGCAGGUUUUUGUCACUGAGGGGAGAAGGGGAGGGGCAAAAAAUGAAAGUCUGAAUAAACGUCUUGGGGCAUAAAUGCAUAUAUGAGAGUAAUGUGAUGACAGUAUGGCAUAUGAAUAGAAAUCUCAAUGCAUUUGGGUGAUUUGAAGGUCCGUAGAGGGAAAACGUGCUUAUUUACGCAGCACGUGAAUCUAUUUUGGAGCAAAUAUGCAAGGAAAAUGGUAAUGCAAUAUUUUAUGUCAAAAUUAUCAAAAAAGACAGCUUUAAGAGGAUGUCACUUUUAAAAAAAAUGCUUUGCAGCAAAGGCUCUAUUAAUAUUUCUGGCUUUUAUACUUAUUUUAGUCUGUCAGUAUUAAGAGUGUGUGAUUGAACUUCUUUAAGAAUACUCUGUUUAUAUAGUGCCAUGUGAUUAAGUUAUGCUAAAUAUUGUUAUGUGAAUGUUUAAAGAAGUUCUUUUUUAUUGAUUUAUGUUUUUCAUCCUUUCUAUGUCAAAUGGAACAUAAAUAGCUCCUGCAGCUAAGGUGAAGAAAAGGAAAACAAUCAAACAGAAGAUACUAGAAAAAGAGGAUCAAGCAAGAGAAAAGGCCCUUAAACGUGAGCAGGAUAAAAAACUACAGGAUGAGGUGAUAUCUUUUGCUAAUACUAGUUUACACAUGUAUAUUUUAGUUAUUUGAAGAAUAUGAUUAAGUUAAAGUUUAUCAGAGUAUCCAGAGAGCAGUGAUUUUGCUUUAAAACAAGGAACAGGAAAAUUUUGCAUUACCACUUACAGACGUUUUCCUGUUUACCUACUGGUAAUCGAAACAUUUACCUUCUUGCAGGUAGCUUUCAAGUGAUAAUUGACUUUAUUUCUCUUUUUAGGAAGAGGAAAAACCUUUAACAGAAGAGGAACUUAUGGCUGAAAAGCUAAGAAGACAAAAGUAAGUGUGCUUUGUGCCCAAGUCAACCCAACUCAACUUUAUCAAAAGGUGGGGGUGUGUCUAAUACCAACUCAACAGUGAAGAGGGGAGGGGAGGUGUAUAUAAUAGGCAAGGGGGUAUCUGUUAGUUCAGCUAUGAUAUUAACUAGCCAACACUUCUGAGGUAUUGGUAGUUACGGAUAAGUUAGUUGCCACAUCAUCAUGAUUGGCUACCCAAGCAAGCAUAAUGGAUCUAUCUUGCCUGCUUUAGAUUUACCUCUUUUUUCCUGUAAGAUUAAGUUUUCCUCUGUUCAUAGUAUUAGUUCCUUUAUUGACCAAGCUUGCUCAGUCAAGAUUGUGGAUAUUGGUGAAUCUGAGGCAAUACUGACUCUGCUUUUGGAUUUAACAUUUUUAGAUUGGUGGAGGAAUCAGACUUGGAAUUAGCAAAACAAGCUUUUGGUGUGUUAUUAAUGUCUAAUAGUGUUAAUUUCUCUUUUGCACAAGGGUAAUUCAUUGUUGUGUUAUGUAAAUGUUCUACUCCUUCUUAUUUUCUUCUUUCCAAGGUUUUCCACAUUGAAUUAAUGCAGGUUAGUGAUAUCACUUGUUUGAUUCCUAGGUGUAACGGAUGAUAUACCGGUAGACACAAAAAGUAUAGAUGCAAUGAGUCCUAGCACAAGAGAAGAAUUUGUCCAACUCAGUGACUUAAUUGUAGGAAAAUUAACAAAAUAUGAGGUAAGGAUUGCAUAGAAUCUUUUAUCUUGUUGUUAUCGUAGAGCACUCAUUAAAAAACUGUUUGUUGAAAUAAUAGGCGUUUUGCAUUUAUUGAUCACGUGAUUAACUUUUGGUAAACACGAAAACAGUUAGCUUUUGAAAAAUUUUGUCAGCAUGAGAUGAAAGAACAUUUAAAAAUUAGGUAACCUGUAAAUUUUCAGCCAUAUAUCUCAAAAGGGGCGAUUGCAACAGUCACCGAAAAUUAGAAGGAUUUGUAUGAGGAAAACAACUUUUGUCACCCAGUCACAUUUGAAUAGUUUUCCAAACAAAUCCUUGUAAAUUUUGAAAUUUUCAAACUGUCGUGAAAUAUUUCCUUAAGUAUUACAGGGCUCAAAUCUCCUUUUCAUUCGUAACAGGCACUUUGAGCCCUUAAAUGCAUAAGGGAAAGAUUUAAUGACAGUUUAAAAAUGUCAGAAUUUACAAGGAGUUGUAUGGAAAACCACUCAAGCGUGACUGGGUGGUAAGAGUUGUUUUCCUCAUACAAAUCCUUCUAAUUGUCGGCAGCCGUUGCAAUAGUUAUACACCUGAAAAUUUACAGGUUCCCUAAUUUCAAUACACUCUUUCUGCUCGUGCUAACAAAAUUUGUCAAAAGAAAACUGUUUUCAUGUUUAUUGAACGUUGAUCAUGUGAUCAACUAAUGCAAAAGGCCUGUUGGUAACUAUUAGUAUGUUUAAUCUGACAUUAAUCUGACAAGCGCGGAUUAUUCUGUGCAUAUGACACCAUGGACAAAAAUGCCUCUUUCAUGAAGGGAAUCGUUCUCAAGGUAGCUUUUAGCCUCGUUUUCAUGUUUGACCUGUUGUUUUCGAGUCUACUGAAUUUUUUUCAUGUAGUUGUCUUUGAUAUAUCACUUGAAUUUCCCAGUUUUUCAUCGAACUUUCAAUUUAAAUGUCCUGAAGGGUAUUUAAAAAUGACGUUUUGGUACAUUAGCCUAUCAUUGAGUCAUUUUUCGUUUAAAAUUGCUAAAAUAUUCAGAGAGGGAUGACAACAUGGCCGGGAGACGAACACGAUCUUACACAGUAUUUGUUUUAGAGCCUGAAAACAACAGUUACACUUGUAAAAGUUCUAUUAAAUUGACCCCUCCAAUGAAAAAAAGAUAUUUAUUUACUCACUUUCCUUGUUCAUUUUCAGUCUUGUACAGAGUAUAUUCCAUUCUUGGAAAUGCUGUUUAGAGAUUUAUGUGCUGGCUGUGAGUAAAACUUGUUUGAAUAUAUUUCACUUAUCUUAUACAAUCUAUAACCACAUUGAAUUCUAACACUGAAAACGGCUGCUGUUUUACUGACCAGUAGAUAAGGUUGACGUAAAACUAGAAAGGAAAAUACAAUAAAGAUCUUAAUUACAUGCGACGAGAAAUGUACUAAGUAAACAAAUACGAAUACAAACUUAACUAGAAAAUUACAACAGGCGAAAUAAUAAACCAAAUAAAAGAGGAAAUGAAAGAAAGACUUAUACCUUGUGAGCCUAUUAUAAAUUUGUCCUGAAAAACCAAAACAGAUUGCUGAACUAGCGAGCAAAGUAAUCUCUGACCGCCGAGCUAACGAUCAUCCAACUUAAAAUAAUGGCUUGGUCACCUGACUCCUGGGCUGGCUAGUAGCCACACAAUCUCUAUCCUUAAUGUUCAGUUACAGCCUGCUGUAGGUGGUAAAUUAAUGAAAAUGAAAUGUGUUUUUAUUCUUCUUUCAGUGGAAGCUGAGGAUGUUAAAAGAUUAGGCAGUGCAAUAAAUAUUUUGUCAUCAGAGAAAUUAAAAGCCCAAAAGGUGAGCCAUACAUUUGAUAACAGAAAAAGGUAAAGUAAUAUAAGAAAGGGGAGCAGUUUCCUCCCCCAAUUUUGACCUGGGUUCAAUACUGAGCGACAACGUCAUACAGUUUAUGUGUGUUGAAUUUGUUGUUGGUUCUCUUCGUUGCUCUGGCAAGUUCAGUUUCUUUGGGUACUCUGGCUUUCUCUUCUCCUCAAAAACCGACAUUCUAAAUCCGGAUUAAAUCUAGAAAUUGUUGCCAAUUAGCCACAGCUUUAUCAGUUCUUUAAGCUGUCAUAUGACACCUUCACUAAAUAAUGAUGGUUUACCUUCAAUCAGCAACAAAAUUGCCAAGACAUUGUACUAAAAAAAGGUAACUUCAGAGAACAAAACAAUCCGCACCCCUCCCCUCUCCCCUUCAUUCAAAGUUGGGGUGUUUGUUGUUUUCUUAAAGGUAGCUUGAACAGUGGCACAACAUUACAUGGAGGGGAUGAGGGAGGGAAAGCUUUAUUUUAUCCUUUUGAAGUUGUUCAAAUGUCUGAAAGGUCCUUUAUGGCAGAGUGCCUCAACUAAUUUUGUUGGCGAUUGUUUGUCAUUAGAAGUAUUCUCACUGAUAGUGUUAUUCUUUUUUGACUCACCAUUUAGAUAUUUUUUUGCAGGCCAAGAAAGGUAAAAAGUCUGCUAAGAAAGCAACUUUAGCAGGCACCAGUGCCAAGGCUGGCAGAAAAGAUGAUUUGGAUGCAUUUGGUGGAGGAAAUUAUGAUUACGGUGAUGAAUUUGAUGACUUCAUGUGA